UUAUAUCUGAAACAGCGAAACUGUCUGCGAAGAUGCAAACUCAUUCAUUCAUACUUUGAAAAUUCUCUGAAGAUUUGAUUCAUCUCUUUACGUUUGAUAAACAGGAUUGCUGAGAAAAGCAAUCGAGCGAGUCACUGAUUGGUUACAAUCCUCACCGAUAUAAAUUUUAAGCAAAAAAUGGGAAACGGUCUAGGCAAAGCAUCAACGGACAUCGGAGGUUUUAUCGGGAAUAUUUUCACAGCACCGUUCAAAGCCACACUUGGAAGAUCCUGUUUAGACGUAUGUUCGGGACCAUGGGAUCUUGCAUGUUUCAUAGAACAUUUCUGUCUUCCUGAUAUCGCGAAACUGGUGCUUAUAUCAAGCCUCUGUUUCAUAAUUUUGAUGUUCAUCACCCUCUUGUUCAAGCUUGGAAUCUGCCAGUGUGUUGUUAAAAGCAUCUGCAAAAUGUCAUGUGCCGCUUGUACAGCGUACUGGUUCGCUAUAGGAGAGAUGGUUAGUUGCUUGUGGCACAGUUUGACUAACGUAAAACGGGUCCGCCGUCGCAGAAAACGUCUCAGUGAUAUAGAAGCUGCGACCAAUGAUUAUUCGAGUAAUGACGAAGCAAGUUCAUCAGACAGUCCCAGUCGAAGAAACAACAUAAGACCAAAGCGGAGAAGAAAACACAAGCAUCACCAUCAUGGCAGCAAUCUCAACAACCGCCGCCUCAUAAGAUUACCGAGUAGACAAAUGUCUGUACGAGUUGGAGGCAAGUCAAGAAGAGUACGAAGUGCUAGAUCGAGAAAAUCGAGGAGAGUUAAGAUCGUCAAAAGUCAAAAGAUUUAGUUGAUUAAAAUGUCUCUAUAAUGCAUUAAACAGUGUCUCUAAACUCAAAAACAGAAUUAUUCCAUUUAUUCAGAUGAAAUUAAACACAAAACCAUUAAUCCAUGUGAAUAAUUUUAUAACCAA